AGAUCUACCUGAACACCUCAUUCCAUCAAUUUGUUAAUUUUGAAAAAAGUGUUGCACAUCAAAAUAUAAAGAUGGAUGAGGCUAAAAGAAUCAAACUAGAUAAAGAGCAUAGUAAAACAGAGAACAAUACUUUAUAUCCUGUAUUACCAGAUGACUUAAUAAUAGAUACACCCUUAACUGAUGUUUAUGUAGACACCAUAGUUGAUCCAAAGAAAAUUUCUAAAAUCAUUAAAGAGAUAAACUCAGUAUUACCUCUGCCACAAUUGGCUCAUUUAAAAAGAAUGAAAAGCAAAGAAAUUAUUCUUUAUCCUGUAUCACUUGAGCAAUAUCAAAUUAUUAACUUAUUAAAAGAGAAAACUAUUGAUACAUCUGCAUUUCAAAAUAAUAUAAGGAUCAUACAAGUUGCUAAAAUACCUCCAAUGACUCGAAAACAAUUUGAAAAAGUGAACAAAUUGUGGCCUUGCAAUUUUCACCCUAACAACUAUUUAGAGAAAUUAUCUACAAAUACAUUAUUUUCUCAUGAUGAAUUAAGAAGUCAUUCUCGAUAUAUGAAGGUUGCUGUAGAUGUGGCUAAAUUUGCUAAAGAUAAUUAUUAUUCAGAAGAGCAAAUUGGUGCUGUUGUUGUUGAUCCUAAGAGAAAAUCAGUUGUAGCUGUUGGAUAUCGUCAAACCAACAAAGGUGUAUUGAAACAUGCUCCAAUGAUAGCCAUUGAUAAUGUUGCUAAAACCCAAAAUGGAGGAGUGUGGAAUCCACUACUUAACCAAGAUACCAAAAUUGAACUAAACCUUGAUGGAAUUCCAAAAGAUUUAUUAGAAUAUCUUCAGAUUCAACAUAAUGACAUUGUGUUUGGUGCCCAAAGGUAUAAAGAAAAAGAUGAACUUAUUGAACCAGCUGAUGGUCCAUACUUGUGUACUGGUUACUAUAUAUAUUUAACUAUAGAACCAUGUGUUAUGUGUGCAAUGGGUCUUGUUCACAGUAGACUAAAACGAGUGUUUUUUGGUGCAAAAUCAUCAAAUGGAGCCUUAGAGACUUUAUGUAAAUUACAUACUGUGAAAGAAUUAAAUCAUCACUUCGAAGUGUUUGGUGGAUUAAUUAAACAUGUUUGAUUAGAUUUAUAAACACG